GCCAAGCAUCUCAUCGUCCAAGCACGGUCUCUCUAUCUCUUCCAAUCUAAAACAUAAAUAGCUACCUCUAUACUUCCCAGUACUAGUAUACUUCUUCGUCUCACAAACUCUUUUCCCACACAGCUUGCAUCCCUCAACAUGAGCGACAACCCCUCAUCCAAAGCUCCCCUCCGCAUCGGAGUCGUCCUCUUCCCCGGCUUCCAAGCCCUCGACGCCUUCGGCCCCCUAGAUUGCAUCAACGUCCUCUCCAGAACCGAAUCCAUCACCCUCGCCCUCCUCUCCAUAACCCUAGACCCCGUCUCCACCCAAGCCCCCGAUAUCCCAACGACAACCGGCCAAUCCAUCCUCCCAACCCACACCUUCGCAACCGCCCCACCCCUAGACGUCCUCCUGGUCCCAGGCGGCCGAGGCUCCCGCGGCUCCAGCCCACCGGUCACCGAAGCGAUCGCGUUCAUCCAAAAGACCUAUCCAAGCCUGAAAUAUCUGAUUACCGUUUGUACGGGGUCGGGGCUCGUCGCGCGAGCGGGGCUGUUGGAUGGGAAACGCGCGACGAGUAAUAAAAUGGUGUGGAGGGAGAUGAGUGCGCUCCGGCCGGAGGUUGAGUGGGUUGCGAGGGCACGGUGGGUGGUUGAUGGGAAUAUUUGGACUUCUUCCGGUGUGAGUGCUGGGAUUGAUGUGACGUUGGCGUGGAUUGGGGAGGUUUUUGGGAAGGCGAAGGCGAAGGGGAUUGCGGAUUGGAUUGAGUAUAGUCGGCAUGAGGAUCCGGAUGUGGAUCCUUUUGCUGAGCUUUAUGGGCUUUGAACAUGUGGUUCUACGUUGUAGCUAUCAUGGGAGAGAAGGAAGCUGCCCUCAUCUGUUGACACGUCAAGGACCAUGCUAGAUAGACAUUGGUAGUUGUACUGAGAGUUCCACGGUA